UCUCAUUCUCCCUCUCUCUCUCUCUCUCUCUCGAUCUGCAUCGUCUUCACGGUCACUUCGAUUGACCAGAUAGAAUUCAGAAUUGUUCCGAUUUGGAUUCGAAAUCGAAUCGAAUCAGGGGGAGUUUUUGAUUGUUAAUAUAUUUGUGUGAGAAUUAGGGCUAGUGGUUGAAUUUUGAUGAGAGGUCGUAGUAGAAGAAAGCAUAGGUAUCAUCAUCGUCAUCUAUGAAGACUUGGGGACGGGAGUCAUCGCCGAUGCCGUUGCCACCGGUUGAGCUUUCUUCUUCUUCUUCUUCUCAUUACGCUUUUGUGAUUAUCAGUUGCUUUUUACAACAUUUUCAGAUGGAAUGGCAGAUCCUGCUAGCUAUGGCAAUCAUGAGCGUGACAUCGAGCAAGCACUUGUUGCUUUGAAGAAAGGUACUCAAUUAAUCAAGUACAGUCGGAAAGGGAAGCCAAAGUUUUGCCCAUUCAGAAUUUCUGCGGAUGAAACAACGUUAAUCUGGUACUCUCAUGGAGAAGAACGGACUUUGAAAUUAUCUUUAGUUACACGAAUCAUACCUGGACAAAGAACUGCUGUGUUUAGAAGAUAUUUGCGCCCUGAAAAGGAUUAUUUGUCAUUUUCUCUUCUAUAUAAUAACGGUGAACGAUCACUUGAUCUGAUUUGCAAGGACAAAGCCGAGGCAGAAUUAUGGUUUGCAGCGCUUAAGGAACUAAUUCCCACAGGACCAAAGCGCAUUAGACGUUCUAAGAGUGAUGCUUCUGAACAACAAGAUGGCAAUGAAUUUAUUCAAAAUGGCAGUCCCCUAAGUGUAUCCUUAGAUUUUGCAAGUAUUGCCCAUGGUAGGGUGUCUUUUGAUUUAAAUCCUCGCGAAUCUUCAGUUAGUUUAGUAAGCUCAGAUGUGGGCACAGAACGUGCAAGUAUGCAACUAAGAGGAAGUGCUCCAGAUGGUUUUCGCAUUAGUGUCUCAAGCACUCCUAGUUGUUCAAGUGGAGGAUCUGGGCCAGAUGAUAUAGAAUCACUAGGAGAUGUUUAUGUGUGGGGAGAGGUUUGGCUUGAUGGAAGUUUAACUGAUGGGACUGUGAGCUCAGUUCCUAUAAAAUCUGAUGUAUUAACCCCAAAGUCCCUAGAAUCAAAUGUUGUUCUUGACGUGCAUCAGAUCGCUUGUGGAGUGAGGCAUGCUGCUCUUGUUACAAGGCAAGGUGAGGUUUUCACAUGGGGAGAGGAAUCUGGGGGACGACUAGGCCAUGGGAUUGAUAAAGACUUUAGUCGCCCUCGAUUAGUUGAGUUCUUGGCAAUUAACAACAUAGAAUUUGUUGCUUGUGGUGAAUAUCACUCAUGUGCUGUAUCUGCAGCUGGGGAUUUGUUCACUUGGGGUGAUGGUGCCCACAAUGCUGGACUUCUUGGUCAUGGUACUGAUAUUAGUCACUGGAUACCAAAAAGGGUUAAUGGUCCUUUGGAAGGACUUCAAGUUUUAUCUGUUGCUUGUGGGACUUGGCAUUCAGCAUUAGCAACUUCCAAUGGGAAACUAUUUACAUUUGGUGAUGGAACAUUUGGUGUUUUGGGGCAUGGAGAUCGCCAAAGUAUUUCGUUUCCACGAGAGGUUCAGUUAUUAAAUGGCCUAAGAACCAUAAAGGUUGCAUGUGGAGUAUGGCAUACUGCUGCUAUAGUAGAGGUUGGCCAGUCUGCUGUUAGUGUUUCGUCCAGAAAGCUAUUCACCUGGGGCGACGGUGACAAACAUCGUUUGGGUCAUGGAAACAAGGAAACUUAUCUUCUACCAACCUGUGUUUCUUCACUUAUUGACUACAAUUUCCAACAGCUAGGUUGCGGACACACUAUGACCAUUGCUCUCACUACAUCAGGUCAUGUGUUCACCAUGGGUGGUACUUCAUAUGGACAACUAGGAAAUCCAGCUUCUGAUGGAAAGACACCUUGUUUAGUACAAGAUAAAUUGGUAGGUGAGUUUGUUGAAGAAAUAUCUUGUGGGGCAAAUCAUGCUGCUGUUUUGACAUCAAGAAGUGAAGUAUUCACAUGGGGAAGAGGUGCUAAUGGAAGACUAGGACAUGGGGAUACAGAAGAUCGAAAAACUCCAACAUUGGUUGAAGCAUUAAAAGAUAGGCAUGUUAAGAAUAUAUCAUGUGGCUCAAAUUUCACAACUAGUAUAUGCAUUCAUAAGUGGGUCUCUGGAGCUGACCAAUCAGUCUGCUCAGGUUGUAGACAAGCAUUUGGUUUUACCAGAAAGAGGCAUAACUGUUAUAAUUGUGGGCUAGUGCAUUGCCAUGCUUGUAGCUCCAAAAAAGCACUGAGAGCCGCAUUGGCUCCCACUCCUGGCAAACCGCAUCGUGUUUGUGAUGCUUGUUAUGCAAAACUGAAAGCUGCUGAAGCUGGUAAUGUUUCUAAUUAUGGCAGGAAAGUUACCACCCCCCGUCGGUCCAUGGAUGCCAGAGAUCAUUUUACCAAGGGAGACGUAAGAUCUUCAAAGCUUCUGAUAUCUCCCACUACAGAGCCUGUCAAGUAUCUUGAGAUCAAGUCUGGAAGAUCUGGGGCCAAAGUUGACUAUCCAUCAAUGGUCAGGGUGUCCCAGGUUCCAUCACUUCAACAGCUGAAAGAUAUUGCCUUUCCAAGUUCACUGAGUGCCCUUCAAAAUGCAUGGAAACCCAUUACGCCAUCAUCGCCUCAUCAAAGUGUCAGCUCAAGAUCAUCUUCUCCAUACAACACAGGGAAAACAAGCCCUCCAAGAUUAGCUGCUCCUGUAUUUUCUAGGGGUGUUAUCGAGAGUAUGAAGAAGUCAAAUGAACAUUUAAAUAACGAAUUAUCGAAGUUGCAAAGCCAAGUAAAAAGUUUAAAGCAUAAGUGUGAUACUCAAGAUGUGGAGAUGCACAAACUAAAGAAAAAUGCCAAAGAAGCAGCUCUGUUUGCUGAGGGGCAAUAUUCAAGGUGCAAAGUAGCCAGGGAACUUGUCAAGACCUUCACAGAACAGUUGAAGAUAAUAGCAGAGAAGUUGCCACCAGAAGAUUCAGAUAUAGAAAUUUUUAACUCUUUGAAAGCUCAAGCUGAAGAAUUUCUAGAUACAACACACGCAACACCAGAAAUUUCUUCUUUACAUCACGCCACACGAGCUACAGAAAAAUCUCGUCAUGAAGAUGGGCAUGGUCAUCAUGUUCAUCACGCUCAUCACGCUCAUCCAGAAUAUGAUAGACCAUCAUCCUCUUCUAGUACUAGAGGUGACGAAGCUACACAUAGCUCAGAAGAUGCAUCAAAAUCUCAUGAAUCUUCAACCACGAAGACUCAAAGAGGAAAAGAAGUUAUUGAGCAAUUUGAACCUGGUGUUUAUGUCACUCUUGUUCAAUUUGGAAAUGGUACCAGGAUUUUUAGGCGUGUCAAAUUCAGUAAACGAAGGUUCAGCGAGCAUCAGGCAGAGGAAUGGUGGAAUCACAACAAAGACAGACUGCUUAAGACGUAUAGCACUGCCAAGAAGGAACACCAUGCUCCAACCGCUUCAUCUUCUGAUACACCAGCACCAACACCAACACCAACACCAACACCAACACCAACACCAACACCGGCACCAGCAGCGGCUGAAGAAAGCUCUGAGGCUGCGUCAUCUUCCUAGACAUAGUUGUUUUAUGACUUAGUCUCUUGAAAUGAUGUAGUAGAAAGUUGGUAAGCAUAGGAUCUCUCCACACAUUGAUUUUAGAAUGGCAGUUGUGAACUGAACCAACUAGGUGUAGACAAUUAUUUGUUCAAAAAAGAAAAAAGAAAAAAAAAAUUGACAAAGCAAGUUUUAAUUCUAUCACUAUCACAGGAGAAAUUAGUUUGAAUUUUGUUCAAAAUGUAGGGUCCUGAUGAGUUUGAAGAUUAGGCAAUUGGGGUUGCAGAAAAACUUUUACAUAAUUCUUUCUUUUUUAAAAAAAAAAAACAAAAAAACUUUGUAAUCUUCUUCUUGAUGCUAUACUCUUGCUGUUUCUCAUUUUUUGUUGUAUAGUUGGUGAACUUCUUAUGAUGUUUUAUAUGUGGUGCCAACUGCCAUGUUAUCUAUA